CGAACUUCAUGGGCGGGGCUUAGGGGGCAGGCCUUCGGAAAGGUGCGGAAUGGAGUGAUAGGGCUGGUUCCCGACAGCUGGAGUUCCCCUGGCCUCUCCUGGAGCCAUGUCCGGCGUCAAGCAGCAAGUAUUCAUUGAAAAAGUGCUGAAGAGACUCUAUCCUUCUGUUCCAAAUCAACAACUUCAAUCUACAAAAGAGACUUCUCCCUCAAAACCAGAACUAGAACCGAGGAAAGUUCAGCUUUCAGCAGAUGAUGAAAAUAAGAUCCAACCCAGGAAAAAAAUAUACACAGUAAGCCCACCUCCUGAUGGAUAUGCUCCAUGUUCUCCAGAAUUCACCGAUAAUAGAAAAUCAGAAAAAUCUGGUAGCACUGAUGACACAGAAGAAGAGAAUCCUCAAGAGCCUCCAAAGAGAAGAAGAAGAAGAAAGCAGAAACAAAAGAAUAUUUUGCAAAAUCCUCACACUGUCCAUGUAGAACAAACAGAAUUUGAGAAGAAUAAGAGGAAUUUACAAGAAAAAUUACAGCCACAGCCGACAGAUGGUACACAAAUAAGCAAAAAUAAAAAAAGGAAACUGAAAAAGAAACAGCAAAAGGAAAGGAAGAGAGCAGCUGGCCUACUAACAAAAGCCACUGGCAUCAGUUUUACAUACCAGCCUGAAAGCAACAGUGAAGGAGAAGAUUUUAAAGAUACCAAUGAAAAAGCAGAUGGCAUCCUAGACUUCUUGCAGGCAACACAAGAAAUUUAUUUCUCUGACAGUAAUUCUAAAUCUUCUGGUUCAACUGCCUGUUUGGAAACCAUCCAGGAGAUUUUUAAACAUCUUGAAUUUCAUCGCAUAGCUUCCUCAGACAUUAUACUUUUGCACCAGAUGAAAACUCUGGUACUUUUGCAAGAUACUGAAAGAUUGAAGAGUGCUUUGGAACAAUUCCAAGAACAAUGCAUAAUGCCUCCUGACCAUGCAAGAGAAAUUGCAACUCUUUUUCAUUACUGGAUUACAGAUAUCCUUCCUAUAAGGAACAGGAAAUAAGGUCCGGAUGCCCAUCUGCAAAGAGUUAAAAUUUAAUAAUAGGAAAAAGCCUGAAAGAAGAAAUAUGAAAUGCCUGAGAACUCUAAAUACUGAAGUUGCCAAAAUUGGUUUUAAAAGGAAAAAAGUUCUAUAUUUUUACAGUAUAAACUGCAUAUUAUAAAUGGAUAAGAUGUAUCUGUUAAUUUGCUUGUACAAAAUAAACACUAGGUCUUAGCUAAGAUUUUAAAUGCUAAAAUCAGGAUAUUAGAGUUGAACUGUUAUUUUUACAUUUAUUUUUUUUUCAGUGUAUAGAUCUUAAAUUAACAUUGAGAUUCUAUGUUUUUUUUCUAUUUGCCAUAAAGGAAGUAUAAAAAUAUAUUUUCUUUGUGGAAUCAAAUCAACUAUUGU